CAGUACGACCCAACCGGCCUGCUAGCCGGCCGCACCCCCGAGGAACGCGCGACGGUCAACCAGUGGCUCUCAUGGCAGAUCUCGGGUCUAGGGCCGUACCAGGGCCAGUUGCUGUCGUUCCUGCUCUUCCACCAGGAUGCGCAUGGCGAGAAGUCCGGGGAGGGUGUUAUCGCGCGCUACCAGCAGGAGGUGGAGCGGUUGCGAGGCGUGCUCGAGAACCAGCUCGCUUCUGCGGCGUCAGGCGGCUAUAUUGCUUUAGGCAGGUUGACGAUUGUGGACUUUGCGAUUUUGCUGUGGUUGAAGAGCUCGGUUUUGGCCAGGGAGGCGUUGAGGAAGCGGGAGAUGUAUCCUGCUAUUACGGGGUAUUUGGAGAGGCUGGAGGGGUUGGAGGUUGUUAGGGAGGCGUAUCGGAGGGCUGCGCCG